AUGGUACUAGGCAGAAUCACUGGAAAGCCAAUUCAUAAGGCCAAAUUUAAGAAGCUAGAACCCUAUAUGUACUCUUUACCACUGAGGGUGGAGUAUUCUGUAGAAGAGCUGCGACAGAUUCUUCGACUCACUGGAUGGCCGAAGAUUCUUCUCCGUGGACUGAACUAUUCGCUCUCUGGAGGUCCUGGCAGGCCAUCUCAUGAAGUUCAGCUCAUUCCCUAUGUUCGGCUCACCUCGGAGAGGGUCCACGGUCAUCUGGGUUCUUCGAGUCCUCAACUUCCUCUGGACCCUUCGCUCCGGCAGUUUUCUCCUUUUCCCGAAUCUUCUUGUCUCCUUCCCGAGUCUAUCUCUCGUGGUUACUUUUAUUCGACCAGUACUCCGCGAUCCGUCGUGUUUGGAAUUCGAAUCGCAUCAUCGCUGCUGAGCAGUUCUCUUGUCACAGUUGUACACGAAGGAGAACAUCGCUCAACUUGUAGGGGUUGA